AUGGCCGCGCCCGCCGCUCGCCGCUGCUGCCUGGGCUGGGACUUCAGCACGCAGCAGGUGAAAGUUGUUGCUGUUGAUUCGAACUUGAACGUCUUCUAUGAGAAGAGUGUGCAGUUUGACAGAGACGUCCCAGAAUUCGGGACCCAGGGUGGCGUGCAUGUGCACGAGGAUGGGCUGACGGUCACUUCUCCAGUCCUGAUGUGGGUCCAGGCUCUGGAUAUCGUCCUGAAGACGAUGAAGGCUUCGGGCUUUGAUUUCUCUCAGGUCAUCGCCUUGUCUGGGGCAGGCCAGCAACACGGAAGCGUGUACUGGAAAGCUGGGGCCAGCCGCACACUGGCGAGCCUGUCACCAGACCUCCUGUUACGCCAGCAGCUGGAGGCCUGCUUCUCCGUCGGCGACUCUCCCGUGUGGAUGGACUCAAGCAGCACAGAGCAGUGCCGCCAGCUCGAGGCCGCCACAGGGGGCGCGCAGGCCCUCAGCCGCCUCACGGGGUCCCGCGCCUACGAGCGUUUCACGGGAAACCAGAUCGCAAAGAUUUACCAGCAGAACCCUGAGGCCUACUCCCACACAGAGAGGAUCUCUUUGGUCAGUAGCUUCGCUGCAUCCCUGUUCCUUGGUUCCUACUGCCCUAUCGACUACAGUGAUGGUUCUGGGAUGAAUUUGCUGCAGAUACAUGACAAAGCCUGGUCCCCGGCUUGCCUCCACGCCUGUGCCCCUCACUUAGAGGACAAGCUUGGCCAGCCGGUGCCGUCACAUGCGGUCGUGGGAGCCAUCUCUCCGUACUACGUCCAGCGCUAUGGAUUUCACCCAGAAUGCAAAGUGGUGGCCUUCACCGGGGACAACCCAGCAUCUCUGGCAGGCAUGCAGCUGGCGGAAGGGGACAUUGCGGUCAGCCUGGGUACCAGUGACACCCUGUUCCUCUGGCUCCAGGAGCCCAGGCCCUCCCUGGAAGGGCACAUCUUCUGCAACCCGGUGGACCCCCAGCACUACAUGGCAUUACUAUGCUUUAAAAACGGCUCCCUGAUGAGAGAGAGGAUCCGGGAUGAGUCAGCCUUCUGUUCCUGGGACGAGUUCUCCAAGGCGCUGCGUACCACGGAGAUGGGGAAUGGCGGGAACCUGGGUUUUUAUUUUGAUGUCAUGGAGAUCACCCCAGAAAUUGUUGGGCGUCAUAGGUUCAACGCAGAAGGCCAGGAGGUCUCGGCAUUCCCCAGGGAUGUGGAGAUUCGAGCACUGAUCGAAGGACAGUUCAUGGCCAAGAGGAUCCACGCCGAGGGCCUGGGCUAUCGCGUCAUGUCAAAGACAAAGAUUUUGGCCACCGGAGGAGCAUCUCACAACAGAGACAUCUUGCAGGUGCUCGCGGACGUGUUUGGCGCCCCAGUGUACGUCACAGACACCGCCAACUCGGCCUGUGUGGGUUCUGCAUACCGAGCUUUUCAUGGCCUUGCAACUGGACCAGACGCGCCCUUUGCAGAGAUCGUGAAGUUGGCCCCUCGCCCCAGAUUAGCUGCCACCCCAGCCCCGGGAGCUGCUCAGGUCUACGAGGCCCUCCUUCUGCGGUACGCCAAGCUCGAGCAGAGAAUCCUGUCCCAAACCCGGGGACCCUCAGAGUAA